CACUCACCGGCAGUGUCAGAGUUCAGAGGUUGCGUAAAGGUCGUGUUUUGGGUUUUCCCAGUCCAUUGUAAACGAUGGCUUCCAUAAGUUGGUUAACGUGCAAGCGGUUGUCCCGUCUUGUGUGCCCGUUCUCGCAGGUCGCGCGGCGGCCGCUGCUUCAGUACGCGUGGACUCCAGCGCGCGCGCUUCACCGGGGGAGCGCGCGCCGUGCGAUGGAGAAACCCCCGCUGAACAGAACACGAGCAGUGGAGCAACAGCAACAGUACAUCAUCACUGAACUAGAUAAAGCCGACGCGCUGAUGCUGCGGAAGUCUCAUGAAACAGGAUUUCUGUCCUGGUUCCGGAAUGGUCUCCUGUCAACAGGGAUCGGCGUUAUUGCGUUUGUACAGAGUGAUGUGGGCCGAGAGGCUGGAUAUGCGUUCUUCAUCCUGGGCGGAGUGUGUGUGUCGUUCGGUGGAGCGUCAUACGUGGUCAGUCUUCUGACUCUGAGGAGGAUCAUGCUCCUCUCUCUGCCCGCUGUGCUGCUCCACACGGCUGUGGUGUCCAGCGCUGCCCUCUUCUGGCUGUGUGCCGUAUCGCUCUACAUCGGCCGCCUGGAGGUGGAGAUCAUUCACGACGAGGAUGAGGAAGAGGAAGAGCACGGGGGAGAUGAAGGCGUGGAGUGCUCCGAGUGCAGAGCCCGGAGCGAGAGACGAGGUCCUGAAGAAAAAGGCAAAGACAAGUGAGAUGAGAGGAGACUUUGAGUUGAAAUGCCUUUUACACUGACCCAGAGCCAGAGUUCUGUAUUCAUAAACUGCUUUAAGACAAAAGGCAACACUGGGUUCAGGUCGGUGUGGAGUCGUGGCUUCGACCAACGUUAUUGACCCACUGCUUACAAAGGGACAUAAAUUCACAUUUUUCCUCUGUAAUAUUUUUGUUGGUUAUGAGUGCUGGAACAUUAAAAUAAAAGUUAAUUUCUUAACUAGCACUUACCGGACAACUAGUUCAGCAUCUUGGUUGUUCAACUGUAAUAAAUCGGCAUCUUCACUAUAUUA